AUGUCCGGGGCGAAGCCGUCUCCACCAAACCCCGGCGGUCCAAUCCGAUGGGCAUCGAGCGUGGCCCACUCCGACCGACCUGCUCAACUGAAUCGGGUGUGUGACCGUUGUAUCUUGAAAAAGAUCAAGUGCGACUUGACGCAACCAAGCUGCUUAAACUGCAGCGAUGCUGGAGAACCUUGCACUUAUUCGCACGUGCGGAAGAGACCAGGGCCUACCAAAGGCUCACGUAGAACUGUGAAAGUUUCUCGGAAGCUGCAACAGACCCCUGAAGAUGACCACACGACAGCUCGUCAAAUCACUGACAAAGCGACGCCGAAUUUUACGCCGCCGGGAGCAGAUCAACCGUCUACUUCUCCCGACCAGACCCAGCCCAUCACACCGCAUCUCUCAUUUGAUGCCACAGAGACACUAGCAUUAUACUGUUCAGUCCUUUUCCCGAGCCAGGUCUUUGAAUUGGGUCAGCGUUUUGACUGCACUAUAAACGCUGUUUUUCCUUUAUUCCGGCAGGGAACACUCUUGGAGCAGGUCGAGAAUGGCGCGAUAGUUGAUCCCUUGCCGUCUGUCAUAUACGCGCUGUCUACAAAAGCCAUGGAGACAGACUUCUGGUGCGGCAAUGUGGAUGUACAUGCGGCGCUAUCGAGCUUGGCUGACUCUACGACGGUCGAUGUGGAUAGUGUCGUCGAACCGCUCGCCCUCAAUCAAUGGCGCACAGCCUGUCUUCUCGCGUGGUAUUGUUUUCACCAGACCCCGGGGAAGGCUGAGGCAAUUCGCAUUGCCGUUCUAACCCAGAAGGCGUACCAAUGUGGACUGCACCAGAUCGACAGUGUCCAAAACCGAGUUUCGUUCGGUUGGGACAAGAUGAGCGAGCCGAUGUUGGAAGAUUGGCGCCAUAUCUGGUGGUGCGUGUAUAUUCUGGACUGCUACGCCAGCUUCUCGACGGCAACACCACACCAAGUUGAGACGCAGAGCAUACGGACAGCGCUCGUGGGAAGCACACCGCAGCUCGAUCCUAACCAGAACCUCACACCGCAAAAGCUUUUCCUACCGCCAGAUGCGGCAGGUUUGUGGACGCUUGUCCAGGACAUCUCGCGAUCCGAAGGCGACAAGGCUUCCAGCCUUCAUCUGGUUGUCAGCAUCCUGCUCAAAGAAGUCGUAACCACGCACCGCUUGUAUGGCCAAAACCCAUGUACCUCGCUUGGGGAGCGGAUGUCGGCGUUGGAAGACCAUUUGAGCGCCGUGCAGCUGGCGUUGCCAACCAACUAUAUGCGGCAGACGCGUGACAUCCUUCACGGAGAAUCAGAUGCCCACUUCCAUUGGCGGCUGCUAACGUUGCUGAAAGUCCACAGCGCACGUCUCAUCAUCCGUCUUCCGUGUCAUUCUCUCAACCCAUCUGAGUGGGAUGCUCGAUGGCAGGAAAAUCUCGAGGUUUGCUACCGCAUGGUCGAGGUUAUCCAACAGUGGGAUUCGCCGUGUCCCCCAUCCAUCGACCCAGCCGUGUGCUUCAUCUGCCUAUCUCUUCUCAUGCUGUUGCAUUUGCAUGGACUAUCCAGUGGCGUGUCCAGGCCACAGCUGCGCGAACAAGUUGUCAGGCGAAAGAAUAUCGUCAGACUUUUUCUACAUAACUACGCCAGACACUGGACUCUACCUCAAUUUCUCCUUGACUGUUACGAUGCGCUGGUACACAAAAUCGUCGAGCCUUUACAGCCUGAAGAUAUCAAGCAGGUCACGGAUCAGUUCAACGGCCCACUGCAUCAGAAGUGGCUGACUUUCCUUUCUCUCGUACCUCCAAAAUUUGCCAUGAUUGGACCUAGCAAAUUGUCAGUCUCAACCAAUUCGCCAUCUGUUGUGGUGGCAGGUACUGGCGAAGCAUGUCCACCAACUCACAACCUUGAAUUUGGGAAUAAUUAUGAACUGGGCAAUAUCUUUGAAUUCGGGAAUGUCUUUGAAUUUGGGAAUGCAUUUGAGAUUGGAGAUAGUGUCCAGUCCUGGGACAGCGGGAGCUUCAAUGAGCCACCCUAGGGUACAAAAUAUGAU